ACCAAGGUAUUGGAGCAUGCGCAGAGCAACGCGGCCAUUUUCGAAAGCACGUCCGACGAAUUCAGUGAUGGACAUGUUGUAAAUAUGGAUUUAAAAUCAGACAAAGUAAUUCAGUUGAAACAGAGGGUUCAAAAUCAUUUAUCCCAGCCAUCUGUUCAGAACAAGCUGAGAUCCAUCAUCCCCAACUUAAAGUGCUCUGAAGGUAACAAUGGUAAAAUGUUAAAUCCUGCUGAUGUUAUGAAACAGCUUAAAGAGAAUGGAACUAUUGACAGUUUGUUAAAAGAUGUUAAAAAUGGUGAAGGAGAUGCACUUGCACUAAAUCAAUUAAAUCCUUGUGUGCUUACAGACACUCGAGUCGAUAUGACAACUCAGCAACUUAUUCUCAAAAUCCAAGGUGGUCGUGCUUUCCUUGACCAUCUCAGACAGCCUCCUGGUCAGCCAGCCCAGUCGUAUUUUCAACUUCACAUUUUAUUUCAAAACCAAAGAUUCAACACACAACGUGUACCAUGUACUUGUGAUCCUGCCAUAACUGGAGAGUUCCAUCUCAAGUUCAGUAAAUCUACACAAGCUCUUACAAAUGUUGCUGAUUUAUUAACAAUAUCAGAUAAAAUCAAUAUUGUUUUAAUACGAACUAAUAAUUUGGGUGAGAACUUCUUGGUUGCUUCCCAUAUGUAUGACUGGCGGCCUGUUCUGUCUAAGGGAGAAAUGACUGCCUCCAUUGAUUUAAUAGGAACAGGUGGAGUUCCUGUGGGUUUGUUGGAAAUACAAUUACAGUUGUUUCCGAAUUUAUCUAUGAAUCCAUCAAAUGAAGCUGUUACCAAACAAACAGAGUGUGAAACGGAAAGUCAGCGCAUGAAAGAGAAGAAGUUCAUAGCUUAUGCCAACAGUUGGUGGAGUGAAUAUCUACAAAUAAAUGACACUUUCAAAGAUAGAAUUGUGAAAAUAUUUGCUCAGGAUGAAAACUCCAAAAACCGUUUUGUUUGUUCGUUUGUAAAACGUCUCAAAGCCAACCGGUUGUUGAGUUCUGCACGAGAGGCAGCACGUUUUGUCAGUCUAAUCCCUGUUGGAAAAUCGGAAACAAUAGGACAUGCAAUGACAUCAGAAAGAUGGACUUCAAUGCAUUCUUUUCUAUGUUGUAAUAAAGGAGGAUCCAUGGAUCAUGCUAUUUUAUUGUGUAGUCUGUUGCUUGGCUUUGGUCUAAAUGCAUAUGUAUGUGUAGGAACCAAGUCAAAAGGCAGCAUCCACUUUUGGGUUGUUACAAUCAGCUGUGAAGGACUGGUAACAUUUUGGGAGAGUGUAACUGGUCUUACGUAUAUUCAUAAACCUUUAGAUCAAAAUAAUCCACCUCUGGCCAAGAAAUAUGCUCAUCCUAUGCCUUACAGAACUGUAGGAUGUAUCUUUAAUCAUUAUCAGUUUUAUGCCAAUUGUCAGUCAAGUGAUGCCAUAGAGAUGUGUGAAUUCAAUGUAAAAGUAUCAAGCAGUUGGAAAUCUAUGUCUGAGGAUGCCAUCUGGUCCAUUUGUGAACCUUCUUCUUGUCCUCUCUGGCCUCCACUUUGCCCACUUAGACGUAAUCCAUUCGACACAGUGAAAUAUAGCGAUCUUCUUGAGAAGCAACUUUGUGAUUUAGUCGUUGCAUACAGACAGAAUGAAGGUCUUACAACUCAGUGGGACCACGAACUUUCUUACUUACUGACAUCUUUGCUGUCUUCUCAUGAAUGUGAACGAAUUACAGGUUUUACUGCUGGUAAUGAAGAAUUUCAAGAUGCCUUGCGGCAAGCAAUUCCUGAGAAACAUACUUUCAGUGGUUUUCCGAUUCAACAAGCACACACAAACAUUAAAAAGUUGUUCCAUGAAGCUCUGAAGUCCUCUCUUUGUCAAGACAUCAUUUCAUGCCGAGGAGACAAAGUCCGCCUGUCCGUCAGAGUCUGUGUUUUUCCCUACCCAGAAAGUGUAUGUGCAAUGUGGGCCAUGUUUGCUUGUGUGUGCCAAAGGAUUAUUUAAACAGUAUUUCAUUGUAUAAUCAUUUUUACAAAUGAUUCCGCAUCAAUUUCCAUCAAAGUUGAAUUUUUAUGACAACCUGAUAAGUAAGAAUCAUUAAGAUUAAUCAGACUAAUUAGACAUGUUAACUUUUGUUGUUAUGCAUUUUGUUGGUGUGAAUCUUCUUCAGCUGCACAGUUUUACUUAUUUAUAUAUUACCUUGAGUAAGGAAGUGAAGCAUAUAUAUAUAUAUAUACAUUAAUUUAUAAUUAUAUUAAAGGGUGCGGAUAAACCCCACCAACACGCUAGAAAUAGACGCCACAUGGCUAAAAGCAGGUGCUAAUAGAGUGUAGAUAUAGUUUUUAGAGCCAUUUGGUGUCUAUUUCUAGCAUGUUGGUGGUUGUUUAUCCGCACCCUUUAAUAUAAUUAUAAAUUAAUAUAAAUUGUAACCUGUAUGGUUUUUUUUAUUUCAUGCU